UCCCGGAACUUACGUAGGAGGAAUAUGGCGCUGGGCUAGACAACACAAAACGGCUUUCAGCGCAUAAUUAUAUUAUUAUUUCAGUAAAUCCGGUUUGUUUGUAGCUGUUAUUCGCAUUUAAGCGGUUUAGUUAAGUCGUUGUUGUUUUAGUUUGUCUGUGUGAGAUGGCUGGAGUCCUGGAAACAGAGGAGCAAGCAAGAAACCGCUUUCAGUCAGAACUGGAGUUUGUUCAAUGUCUGGCCAACCCAAAUUAUCUUAACUUUUUAGCUCAACGAGGCUACCUGAGAGAAAAACCUUUUGUGAAUUACCUGAAAUAUCUGCUCUACUGGAAAGAACCAGAAUAUGCCAAAUUCCUGAAGUAUCCUCAUUGUCUGCAUAUGCUGGAGCUGCUGCAGUACGAGCACUUCCGGAAGGAGCUGGUUAACGCUCAGUGUGCCAAGUUCAUUGAUGAGCAGCAGAUCUUGCACUGGCAGCACUAUUCUCGUAAGCGCACACGUCUUCAGCAAGCUCUUGCUGAGCAGCAGCAGCAACAGCAGCAGCAGGCACCCGCCCACGGCAAUCCUGCGUCCAAAUGAAACCAUUUGGACACGAAAGGGUAGUUGUGGUGCCAAACUUUUUUCAUGGUGUUUGUGUAAAAAGUGUAAAUAGUUUUUCACUGUAUUUCUUUUUUGUGGUGACACCGAGUGUAAAAAGUUAUGAAUUCUGACUGUCAAACCUUACAUACAGUAGACCCAUGGAAUCUUUUUCAUGUUACUGAGAAAUUAGUGCGAAAAAAAUGUUGUAUACUAAAAACCUGUUAUUUCUUACCUUUAAGAUUGACCAAUAAAGCCAUGCCUAAUUCUGACAAAAACAUGCAUUUAUGUUGAUUGAACAUCUGUUUUCCUUGUCCACACGACCACAAGGAAAACAGAUUUUCAAUCAUUUUCGAAAUGCUCUGUUUACAAUUACUGAAGGCUAUUUUCAAGUUGACAAAGUAGGCCCAAAAAUAUCCAUAUUUGUGUGUGGACAGAGCUGCAAUUUUGUGCAUUUAUGUAAAAGCAUUGGGUUUUAUAAGCUCUCAAAACCAGUUACAAAAAAACAUGGUCUGUUGGCAGGAUAGGAUUGUUUAGCUUUAAUUAAGUUUGUAUUCAGUGCUUCGACUAUAUGAUCUUUUAUGAACACUUUGACCUGCGUUACACGCUGUUAAGUCUUGGCAUCAGAAGCAGGCAUUUUACUAUUUGGAAACAAAGCCCCCAUUUUUCUUAAAAGUAAAAUACAACUCUGUACUGUUUGAAAGAUGAAUUUAGGUCUCAUGGGUUAGCUGGAAUGUCAGGUGUCACCACCUCUGCUGUUAUAUAAUGUACAAUAAAGACCUUUUGGCAGAA